AUUUUUACUGAGUGAUCAUCAUUUUGUAAAUCGUUUAUAAGUUGGAUUGAUUUGGCCACUGCGAUUUGAAAUCGGAUUAAGAAAAUAAACAAUGCCUAAUUAUCGAAAUAAUGGUGGAGGAGGAGGUGGUGGUCGACGUGGUGGCGGCGGCGGUGGUGGUGGUGGUGGUGGCCGUGGUAAUUAUCAUCAACCACGAACAACUCGUGUUGAUGUAACUUUGCAACGUGAAAGUCAAUAUAUUUCACCAAAUGGAAAUCAAUAUUCCGAAACCCGAACAUUACAAGCAAGUGCUCGUGUACCACAAUCUGAAGCUAGGCUUAUUUUACAAGAUCCAAGUCGUGUAUUAACAAAUGAUAAUACACAAUUCAAACAAUUACGUUAUAAUUAAGAGAGAA